AUUUUAUAUUUCACAAAUGCACACACAUAGUAUUAUAUUGUAAACCCUAGAGACACAUAAACACAACACCACCUUUUGCUUCGAUUUUGUUUCUUGUUUGUGUUGUGUUGUGUCAACAAGUGACAUUGUUAGCCAAUUGGACCAUGAAGAACAAAAGGGCAAGCAACAAAAGGGACAAAAAGGAGAUCAAAGUUACAUAUAUUUCGAGCCCCGUGAAGGUGAAGACUAGUGCCUCGAAUUUCAGGGCCCUUGUGCAAGAACUCACUGGCCAAUACUCCAAUGUUGCUGAAACCUCCAUCCCUAUGGAAGAGGAUAAUGGCCACUCCGAGAGAGUGCACAGAACUCAUCAUCAUCAUGAAAGUGAAACUCAACAAUGGAGGGUGAAUGUUGAUGAGGGCACCAAUUUGAUGAAACCUCAUGAGUACAGUGAGUUUCUCUCAAGAUCCUUGAUGGAGCCAUUCAACCAACAACAACUCCUUCAAUACGAUUUGAUGAGUUUUGACAUGUCAUAGGCUUUGGUUGUACUAUAUGAAUAUGGAUAUUUAUAAAUAUAUAUGAACCUCUAUGUUUUGAUUUUGAACUACUGCUUUAUCAAUCUAUUGUUGAAUUAAUGGUGAUGUGAAUAGGAAAUUAAGGAGCUCGUGUAUAUGUACGGAUUAUUAGUUGUAGUUAUCUAGAUUGUGAAAGCAUACAAGAAUUCAUGUAAUGGAGGAGAAUGAAUAAAUUAAUACAUCCAUCAAGUGGAGGUGCGAUGAAGUAAUGAAGCACCAUGAUGAGAUUUUGGAAAAUAUAUGUUUUUUUCUUCAA